AUGCUGGAGAACGGCUCCCUGAGGAACUGCUGUGACCCGGGCGGGCGCGGCCGCCUGGGCUUGGCGGAGCGGGAGGCGGCGGCGGCGGGCGCCCCGCGGCCCGCCUGGGUGGUGCCGGUGCUGUCCAGCGUGCUGAUCUUCACCACCGUGGUGGACAUCCUGGGCAACCUCCUGGUCAUCCUCUCCGUCUUCAAGAACCGCAAGCUUCGGAACUCAGGUAACGCAUUUGUGGUGAGCCUAGCUUUGGCUGAUCUGGUGGUGGCCUUGUAUCCAUACCCACUGGUGCUCUUAGCUAUUUUCCGCAAUGGAUGGACACUGGGUGAAACGCACUGUAAAGCCAGUGGCUUUGUGAUGGGACUAAGUGUAAUAGGCUCUAUUUUCAACAUCACUGCAAUUGCAAUAAACAGAUAUUGCUACAUAUGUCAUAGUUUUGCCUAUGACAAAGUGUACAGCUGUUGGAAUACAAUGUUGUACGUCUCCUUAGUCUGGAUAUUAACAGUAAUUGCAACUGUGCCAAAUUUUUUUGUUGGCUCUUUGAAGUAUGAUCCACGCAUCUAUUCAUGCACGUUUGUCCAAACUGCAAGCUCCUACUACACAAUAGCUGUGGUGGUCAUUCACUUCAUCGUCCCUAUCACCAUUGUCAGCUUCUGCUACCUUCGAAUUUGGGUUUUAGUGCUUCAAGUUCGAAGACGAGUCAAGUCAGAAACAAAGCCAAGAUUGAAGCCAAGUGACUUCAGAAACUUUCUAACCAUGUUUGUUGUUUUUGUGAUUUUUGCCUUUUGCUGGGCACCUCUAAACUUCAUUGGACUGGCUGUAGCCAUUGAUCCUACGGAAAUGGCACCAAAAGUUCCUGAAUGGUUAUUCAUUAUAAGUUACUUAAUGGCCUAUUUCAACAGCUGCCUUAAUGCAAUAAUAUAUGGUCUUCUUAAUCAGAAUUUUCGGAAUGAAUAUAAGCGAAUUUUGAUGUCACUGUGGAUGCCAAGGCUUUUCUUCCAGGACACAUCCAAAGGAGGAACUGAUGGCCAGAAGAGCAAGCCUUCUCCGGCUUUAAACAACAAUAACCAAAUGAAAACUGAAACCUUGUAAAUGUGUAAUAGUCAAUGCAAGAGUUUGUCAUGGAGAAAACCAAGAUCAUAGUUGUAAUGUUCUGGUCAUUCCUGCUUAAUUUUGUGGAGUUUCCACUUGGAUCAAACUUUAUGACUGGAAUACUGUCUUCAUAGUAAAGCACAUUGCUCUGGAUUAGUGAUUUAUACAAGAUAAUAAUUGAAAAGAUGUUUCAGAAUUAAAGCAGCAGGUGGGUGCAAGCUGUUUUAGUUCUCAGAGCUGAAUCCUGUUUCCAGACAUAUGAAUGAGGUAUUUUUUUACUUCUGCGGGAGUUUUGCAUUCUUUAUACAAGACCAGGAUUCAUUUCUUUGAAGUUGUAGUGAGUCUAUGUGUUCGUCAGAGCUCAUCAAAGCUCUGGAGUGGUAUUUUCCUCUCUUCUGUGUCUGAACAGAGGGUGAGACAAAUGCUAUUUUUCACAUGUAAGCCAAACAUUGUAUUUCUGUGACAAUAAUGGUGUCUUUGAAUCCAAUUUGUAAACUGGAGAGAAGACUAUUUGUGUAAAAGCAAAUAUUAACAUUAGAGACUUUCCUCACAGGUUCUUCAUACUUGCAUACAUUGAGAAUGGGAAUACGCUGUGUCUACUCGCUUCAUCUUUUGUGGCUAAUUUUAUGGUAGAUAAUGUAAUUGGUUGAUUUCUCACAGAUUUACCUUACACAAUAUUCUUCCUUUAGAACAGAUUGAAUUUUCAUUGAACUUCUUUUAUUCACCAAAAUAUCUGUAUAAAAUUUCAUUUGAUGCACUUUAGCACACCUUACACAUUUGAGACAGGCUGGAAAUUGCAGCAUAUGACCUGUAAUCAUCUGUACUGGCAACUGAACACAGACAGGAUAUCCUAGAUCAUCUCAAAUGAUAUUAGACCAAAAGAAGAAGCCCGUUUGACUAUAAUGGUAGCUGAUAAACUCAACUCACGUCUACAUCUAAUCUCGAACAAAACCCACUGCUGGUAUCUAAUCUACCUAUCUAACCUUCAGGGUUCCCUGCAGUGGAGGUAUGUUUCCUUCCAUCUGUGAUGAUAAACACACAUCCAAGGAUAAGAUUAAUUGCUUUGUGGAGGUGCUGGUCUCCUUUCACUGACUUUAAAAGCAGCUUUGAUUAAUAGUUCAAACACCUAAUUUUGCAUAGCUAGAGAGGGAUUUAUCUUGCUUAAUUUGGGAUGAACCCAAUGUAGA